AGCUCCGUACGCCGCUCUUGUGUUGCUUGUCAAACUGCGCAGCGGAGGAAAUUCCGCAAAACUCAUGUAUUGUGAGUGUGCGUGCGGGAUACUGCUCAAAUAACUAAGCUGUAUCUGAGAUCAUUUCUCUCGCAGGCGAGAGUUCAGAUACGUGAAGUUAAAUCAUACAUAAGAACGAAGUAUAUACUCGUACUUUUGCCUGUAGUGACGUGUAAGUAAUCGGCAAAGGCUCGGUGUAGAAAAUCAACGGACAAAGGUUUCUCACGGUCCCCUGCGACAGCUCGGCAGCCAGCCGAACGCCGCCAGCCGCAAACCGUGCGCCAAGGAUUUUCCGCACCCGAACCUUUGUGCUAAUAUGACUCUCACACUGCUGCGCAGCUUCGACAAAGAUGAAAUUCUUGGCUGGUCACCUGUCCGUUUCGCAGAGGAAAUGGAGCAUUGGGAGUCUGUGGAAAUGAUUCUUAUUGAAGGAGCCUCUAUGAGUGACUUAGCUGUGACGAAGAGGAAGCUACAGGACUCGGAACGUGCGGCACUGAUCUUUGGCGAGCUCUGCAGGCGUAGGCUGGUGAGACUGCUCACCUUCGCCCUUCAACAGAGCCCUGGUCUGGUGCAAGCUGAGCUGCCGCUCAACCGUUCCCCACUACACGAAGCGGCCCGCUCUGGCUGCCCAGCAACUGUCCGCUGUCUCAUCGCAGCAGGCGCUGCGGUCAGUGCUGCUGAUGACCACGGCAUGACUCCACUACACGAAGCAGCAGCCCACUCCAACGACUUCACCGUGCGCAUACUUCUAGAUGCUGGUGCUGUUCCCGACACCACAGACAAUGGAGGGAGAAUGGCUCUGCACUAUGCAUCUAGGAGUGGUUCCACUGCCUGCAUCCAGCUUCUGCUGGCAAAGGGUGCGCCUGUGGACCAUGUAAGUGCUGAUGGCUGUACUGCUCUCCACGAGGCCGCCACCAGCCCCAGUGCCCACGCUGUCCGCUUGCUGCUGGACGCUGGUGCUGACAAACAUGCAAAGUCUGCUUCUGGCUGGACAGCACUACACUGGGCUGCCAGCAGGGGUCGACUGUACGCUGUUAUGAUCUUACUGGAAGCUGGCAUUAGUGUGGAUGUGAAGACAGUGGAUGAGGAAACGCCUCUUCACCUUGCAGCAACCCUCACAUCGUGCGAUGUUUGGGAGGCUCUCGUCAGGGCUGGAGCAGAUGAAGGAGCUGUGGACAAGAAUGGUCGGACGCCAAAGGAACGAGCUGCAGAUAAGUCAGUGCCUAAUGUUGUAGGGUAUGACAUUGGUGGAACGGGCAUCAGCGAUAUAUCACCAAACCAGUCUCAUAUUCCUCUGGGAGCGGCAAAUGAUGCACCAUUGACAUCCAAUGGUAACGUGUGUGAUUCAGAGAAUCUCUCUGCUGAAGAUUCAGUUGUGCCAUUAAGCAGUGCAUCACCAAAUUCUACAACACAACAAGCAGUAACAACAACUGCUGAAGAAGAUAACAGAACAGGUGUAGAGGGUGCACCAUCAGUUUCUGGUCAAACAGCAGACAAUAAGGGUAGCUUAUUGUAUGAGACAUCAAGCAACAGUAUCUGUGAGUCUGAGGGACCAACUGCUGAAAAUUUUACUGUGCCUUUAAGCAGUGUGACACUAAAUUCUACAACACAACAAACCAUAACAGACUUCCAAGAAGAUGAAGGAGCAAGUGUAGAGUGUAUAUCAGCAGUUUCUAGUCAAAGAACAGACAGCAUGCAUAGUUCAUCGUGUGAGGAAUACAGUGAACUGAGUGAUGAAACUGGGAGUGCUGAUGAAACAUAUAGUGGUGAGCUACUGGAGAGUGAUGAAGAAACAGACAGUGGUGAUGAAAUGGUGAGUGAUGAAGAAACGGGCAGUGAUGAUGAAACAGACAGUGGUGCAGAUGAAGAAGAUGCUUCUUCCUACAUCAGCUCAGCAAAUGAAGAAAUAGAUAAAGUCUCAGAAAGAGGGUCAGUUAAGGAACUUUUCUCCCCUAUUCUGACAACUAAUACAAUAAUGUCUUAUGAGGGACCUCCGUUGUUCCAUACUUUGGGAACUGUUGGCACUUCCUCAAAAUACAACCAACAAGCAACAAAAUUUCAAGGAAAAUUCAGAGGAAGAGGACGCGGAGCUCCUAGAGGUACUCGUGGGAAUGCAGCAGCAUAUACCACCAGAUCAGUGGCAUCAACAUCAAGACAAGAAAAUGUCAGUGAAUCUCCACAUUCGCAAGGAAGUAGACAGCAUGGUAGGAGCAAUGAGAAAGGAAUCAGAAGAGGAAAUUUUUAUGGUUCUGUAUAUCAACAUGCAAGAAGGCAAGGUGAUGGAAAUUGUGGCCAACCAAAUACAGUUCUGUUUGGAGGUGGAUUAAUCCAGCCACAUACCAAACAACAACCUAGUGUGAGAGAUGACUAUAAGAACAGAGAGCCUCAUACGGCAGAAGACAAGAAAAACAAAAAGAUAAAACACCCAAAAUCUGUAUCAAAACAAAAAGGAGAUUCUAACGCGGAACACAAGAAGCAAAAACGACCUGAUUCCCAGCAUGGUGUAGGUCAUCACAAAAAAAGACAUGGUGAAAGUCACCAUGGCAGUCAGCGUGGUGAAGGCUACAGUAAUCAAAACAGUGAAGGUCAUCAUGGUAAUCAACAUGGUGGAAGUCAUUAUGGCAAUCGACAUGGCAAAGGGCAUCAUAGUAAUAAAUAUAGUGAAAGUCAUAGCAGUAAUCAAUAUGGGGAAACUCAUAAUGGUAAUCGACAUGGUGAAGGCCAUAGGGGUAAUCGACAUGGUGAAGCUCAUUACGGUAAUCAGUCUGGUGGUCACCAUGGUAAUGGUCAUUAUGCUAAUCAGCAAGGGGAAAGUCGGGCUGGUAAGUGGAAUGGUGCGGGCCGUGGUGGUAAGAGCCAUGGCAGAAGUCGAGGAGGUAAGAGUUGAUAAGUUACUGAGUAGAUGGGUUGCUGCUAACUAUAUCAUAAACAUAAGCUGAGAAUAAAAAGAGGAAUACAAUACUGAAUCUACAGCAAACUAGUGUACAGUUGCUGCAACUGUCAAUACAGUAGGCAGCUGUGGUAUAAUGGACUUUUAUUUUAAUAUCUGUACACAAUAAAACAUUUACAUGUACAUUGGAAGAAAGAAUGUCACCAGAUCCAACUGUGAAUGUGUGUGUUAGUGCUGAUAUAACUAUGUUAAGACGGAUAAAUGGAACAUCCAAUUUAUUUUAAUGUGUGGAAACUGCUGUUUCCUGUCUAGGUCAUUCCUGUACAUGAGGCAUGUCAGGUGGUACAAUACUAUGGAUUCCAUGUUAAAAUCUUAACAGGUUCUGUAAGCUGUCUCACAGCUGUGAAGAGGGCAAAGUUAUAUGAGCACUAUUGGGUUCAAGCAAGCUUUGAGAUUUAUGGUCUUACUUUUCAAACAAGUAUUUUUUCUAAAUAAAACUAAAAAAGAAACUUUUUAUAAAAAAAGCUCCUAAAACACUUUUGUGCAUUCACAGUGUGUAUGUAUGCAAGUGAGAUUAUACAAUGACUGCCUGCUGUGACAUAUGUGCUGAAUAUUUGCUCAGAUUGUAGCCGUUUUCACAUGAAACAUUUGUGUUUCAGAAAGGGGACAUGACUGAAAUCUUGGCAUCACAGAAGUGACCCAUCUUAGACAAGUGUACAUUUACCGGUACCUGACUAGUACCACAUACUUGAGUAUGUAGGAAACAUGCUACUAUAGGACAAAUUAUAAAUGAGAGUAAGUUUUUACCUCUGGAUUAUACUGCAGAAUAGUUCUAUGUAAUGUGCUAGCAAGGAGCAGUUCAUGUUUUGUACUGCUGUAAUUUAGGAAGAGUGAAAAUGUGACUACAUUCUACAUUGUACUGGUUCUGCAGCUCUGAAGAGGAACAUUAUCCGAACACCUAGCAACAAUUUCAGCAUUUGUAUGUGUCUCACCCAUUCAGUGCCUUGUCUAUACAUUAAAUUUUGUAUCUUUAAACCUUCCAUAAUAUAUUAGUAUGUUUAUUGUGUUUAAUGUGCUGUUUUUCCAGUAAAUAUCUUACUACAAUUUUUUAUGUGUCAGUGACCAUUUAUUUUGCUGUGUUUAUUUUAUGGUAUUUAAUUUUCUUUGGUUUACUCAGUUUUGUGUAAUGUGUAAUAGUUUUUUUAUUUCUCAUUUUGUUGGCUUAAUUUCUUGCGUCUGAGAGUUCUGUACAAUUAAUUUAGAUAAUUUAUAAAUUACAUAAA